AUUUUUUCUCUAGGAGAAAGAAUAGAUAACGGUCAAAUAUUAGUCAAUAAAUCCAUGCCAAUUGUGUCAAGCUCUUUACAAGCAGGUAAAAUUGUGUCUUUUGUGUCUGCAGAGGAAUUUUAUAGUUUAAGGCCUCAUUUACAAGAGACCGGGACAGUCUCAAACCGGAAUGAAAAUUGAAAUUGUCAACAUGUUUACAUGAAAUUUUCAAUUUAUUCCCCUUUAGUAGAUCGCUUUUCUUAGCAUGUGUUGUUCCAAUGUCAAGGUUAUAGCCGAGACCGGUCUGAAAUGUAUUUGUGUUUACAUUCAUCCCUGUCUGAAUUCAUGCCGGUCUGAAGUCAGUCGGCUUGGUCCAGCAGGCGGAAUGACUUGAGACAAUCUCGUUUCCUGAGCCUGCGGUCCUACCGCAGGCUCAGGGAACGAGAUUGGACUUGAGAUCGGUCUGAGUUAUUUUCGUCCCAGUCUCAUGUAAAAAUCUGUUAAAAAUAAUACUAUAUGACCGAAACGAAAUGGUCCCGGUUUGACUUCGUUCCGAGCUCAUGUAAACGGGGUCUAAAGGCUAGUUUCCACUCAGGAAAAUUAUCCGUGGAUUGGAACGGACAAGAAAAUUUUUCUUUGUGUUAAAGUCUAAUGUUCCAACCCAGAGCUCACAAGACAAAGAAAAACUUUCUUGUCCGUUCCAAUCCAGGAAUAAUUUUCCUGAGUGGAAACACCGAAACAAGCUUUAAAACGCUGGCUGUUUACCCUGAACGCGCGCGUUGGAGCAAGGGAAGAUUGCAUCCCUUGAUUUUCCAUUAUAGUCUCGAUAAUCUGUACCAUUAUUUUACAUAAGUUGUUGUAAGAAUUUCAUCCAAGCGAUUUACACGAAAUACCGUUAAAUUAUCUUAUGACCAAAGUGAAGCCAUAUGAUUGGGGUUUUUUUCAGGAUCAAUGUCUGCCCGCGCGGAUUAUCAAGAUGUCCCAGUCAGGUAAGUGUCGUGAAUAGAAUCAGAUACGAAUAGAGCGCUAGUGCUAUUACCUCUUGCUAAGGUGGUUCCCUAUAGUUUUAAAGAAACAGCAGCGAAAAAUAAGGUCUUCAAACAUGACGCAAAAUAUUUGCUGUUUAUGUGAAAUGGGGAUUUUUUGCAAGUAGAUUUUUUCGUGGCCUAAGCGACAGCAGACAAAGAUUAAAUUUUGGACUAAAAUGAAUUUAUUAAAAUUUCCUUCGGUCAAAGUUUCUGAAAUUUUGUAGGUGUAAAUGGACUAUCUACCUAAAUAAAAUUUCAGCAUUGUUGACUAGUUUUCUACUUGCCUGGCGUGGACAUCACUUGAAAAAUUUCAUCCACCAUAUCUCAAUAUAGUAAUUCACUCAACAUAGUAAUUAUCUUUUAUAAGAAUGAUCUUUAUCAUGUAUUCUACACAUUUUUGUAGCUACAAAGGACCAGUAAGCUGUUUUGCUGAGAAAGUGUUAGUAACGGCUAAUGACGAUGGGGUGAGUAUUGAUGUUCUCUUCUUUUCUGAAUAUUAUGGAAUGAGAGUAAUGUAAGGUCGUCUAAAAAUCGAAUCUAUGGGCACUGAAGGGACAUACUGUAGAUAAGUGUCCGCAGUAUUAGAGAGAUGUCCGUAUUAAAGAGAUGUCCGUAUUAGAGAGAUAUCAGUAUUAGAGAAUUGUCCCUAUUAGAGAGAUGUCAGUAUUAUAGAGAGGCGUCCGUAUUGGAGAGAUGUUAUUCGUUCUGGAGAAUCUGCGUAUUAGAGAGGUGUCCGUAUUAGAAAGGUGUCUGUAUUAGAGAGAUGUCCGUAUUAGAGAGGUGUCUGUAUUAGAGAGAUGUCUGUAUUAGAGAGGUAUCUGUAUUAGGGAGGUGUCCGUAUUAGAGAAGUGUCUGUAUUAGAGAGGUGUCCGUAUUAGAGAGGUGUCCGUAUUAGAGAAGUGGCUGUAUUAAUUAGAGAGGUGUCCGUAUUAGAAAGGUGUCUGUAUUAGAGAGGUGUCUGUAUUAGAAAGGUGUCUGUAUUAGAGAGGUGUCUGUAUUAGAGAGGUGUCUGUAUUAGAGAGGUGUCCGUAUUAGAGAGGUGCCUGUAUUAAUUAGAGAGGUGCCUGUAUUAAUUAGAGAGAUGCCCGUAUUAGAGAGUUGUCUGUAUUAGAGAGGUGUCCGUAUUAGAGAAGUGUCUGUAUUAGAGAGUUGUCCGUAUUAGAGAGGUGCCUGUAUUAAAGAGGUGUCCAUAUUAGAGAAAUGUCAGUAUGGUGAGGUUGAUGCUGUAAUAUAUAUUUUCAAUGUUUCAGGAUCCUCUUAUCAAAAUUCUUUUGCGUCAAACGCGGCGUCCUGAGAUUGGAGAUAAGUUCAGCAGUAGACACGGACAGAAAGGGUGUGUAAAACAUUUUACUUUCGUUACAUUUGCAUGAUGUCUACUUUCUCGCAAAAGUAUUUAUUUACAUAUUUCUAUGCCGAUAAUUUUUGAAAUAUCUAAAAACUUUCAGCGUGGUUGGUCUGAUUGUGAAUCAAGAAGACAUGCCAUUUAAUGAAGUGG